CUUCCGGUGUUCCGGCAUGGGACCGAGCUUGUGGGUUAGGAUUGAGGCUCCGACGGGGUCUCCUCGUCUGUGGGAUACACGUGACAAUUGCGACUCUGCUGAUUCGAUGCUGUUGUCGCUGGUGUGUUGAAGCACAGCUGCAGAAUUUAGGGUUUUAGUGAGGUUGAUGAUGUCGUGAGUGUUGGUUGUGAGGGGUGGACUGAGGAGGAGAAGGGUUGGCAGCGAUGGCGUGGACAUUGGGGGUAUUUCCAGUACCUGCUGCGUGGCGGGUGCCGGGAAGAGUGGAGCGUGGGUUCAGGUGCUUGGGAGUGCCCGUGUUUCGUAGGAAUUCCGAUGGGUUUUGGUCUUUGAGGUGUAGCGCGGAUGGGAGUGGUGGUGAAAGUGUGGUGUUGGAGGAGAAGAAGGACGUCGCCGUUCAUGCUGGAUCAUCGUCCUCGCAUUUGAAUGCGGCUGAUGUUUUGUUGGCUGACGACAAGUUUCGUGGAUGGUAUGGGGUCGAGGAGGAACAGAAGGAAAAGGGUACAUUGAGAAUGGGAGUCAUGCAAGUGGCCACUGGAUUUGUGCUUGCUCUCGGAUUUUCACUGCUCUACUACGUUUGGUGCCAAAAGCAAGGAAGGAAAGUUAUCCCAACCCUACCUACUUUUACGCAAAUACAGUUGCCAUCAUUUUCGAAGAGAUCACCGCAAGAGCUUGAGGAAGUCCAUGAUGAAAAUGUUGUUGAAGAUAAUGAAGAUACAAGUUCAAGAAAUAGCUCUAGGAAACAAGUCGAGGAUAGUGUUCAAUCUGAUGGGGGCAAAGCUGUGCAAAGUGAGGAUGCGGAGCAUAUUCACCUGAAGAGGGAACAACAGGCUGUGGAAGAAGAUGAAUUGAUCCCGAGUGAUGAAAGUGACGAGGAGCUUCAAAACACAGCUUUGGUGCAUUCGGGUUGGAGGCAAGAGUCAUUAUCACUGCAGGACUCAAAGAAUUCCAAAAGACAUGGCAAGGAUGAGUCUCAACUUUCUUCUUCGAAAUCCAGGGAGAUCAGGAGAUCUCAAGGAUUCAAGCAAAAAAUCUCAGGUAGACACGGGAAGGUAGUAGUGCCGGCUGUUGUAGACCGCAUGCAAGAGCAAGCCCUCGCUCUGCUACAGGCCUUGAAGGUUGUGGAAGAAGGCUCUGAUCCUCGGGCGAUCUGUAACCGUAGGGACUAUGCCCGUUGGAUCAUUGCUUCUAGUAGUACAUUGACCAGGAGCCCCUCUAAUAAAUUGUUUCCGGCCAUGUACAUAGAGGGUGUCACAGAACAAGCGUUUGCUGAUGUAAAUCCUUAUGAUCCUGAUUUCCCCUACAUUCAAGGCAUUGCUGAAGCUGGUCUUAUACUUAGCAAGUUAUCUCUCGUUAAUGAGGGCUUUGACAUACAUGAUACUGACUAUGAAGAGAUCAAUUUUUUCCCUGAUAGUCCAUUGACUCGUCGUGAUCUGGUGAGCUGGAAGAUGACUCUUGGCCGACGGUCUCUACCACCCAUCGACAAAGAGGCUAUUCAAGCAAAGACUGGCUUCCUUGAUAUUGACCGAAUUGACAGCACUCUGUGGCCCUUAUUAAGUGAUGAUCUCGACUCCGGGGAGAACAGCAUCAUAACGUCUGCAUUUGGGUUUACAAGAAGGUUUCAGCCGCACAAGGUCGUCACAAUUGGGCAAGCAGCGAUUGCUCUGGCAUGUGGGGACACCACUGAAAGAUAUGGUGAGGAGUUGGCAAUGCAGCGAGCGAAGCGGAUGGUAGACGAAGCCCUAGCAGCGGAUGGUGCAAUGGUAGCACAGAAACAGAAGGAAUUGAACGAACUCUUUGACGGACAAAUGGAUAUCGAGCGACGAGAGAUAGAGCAGGCUCAGCGGUGCUUCGAGGAAUUAAAGGCAGAGCUUGAACAUAUGAAAGUCGAAAGAGAUACAGAAAGGGAUGUGCUCUGGAAAGAAAAGGCUGCAGUUGAAUCUGAGAAGGAGAUUCUGCAACAUUUGAAAGAACAAGUCAAUGACCGACUGCAGGCGCUUACUACGCGUGAGACACAGGUUUCCAUCGAGCAAGAGAGAUUAAAAAAACUCGGAUCUAAGUGUGAAAGUCUCGAGGAAAAAUUAUCGAGCUUGAUGUCUGAAGUUGAAGUCGAGAAAGAAGCUCUUGUGCAAGCCAGGUUAUGGGCCGAGAAUGAAGCUCGGAAUGCGCGAACCUACGCCGAAGCUCUUGAAACGAUGCGGAAUCGGAGAGCCAGUCGAGAGCAAGGACCCAGUGCACUUACAGUUGCAGAUAGAAGUUGGCACUACAGUGCCAAAAAUGAGAUUGAAAAUUUUCUCCAUCGGGCCUCCAUUCAAGAUAUUAUUGAUAAGGGUGAGGACCAUAAAGCCAACAUCAGCACUGCACUCAUUCAAUCCUGGCAGUCAAUAUUAAGAGUGCUCAAUGGUUUUCUGCAGAGAGUUGGGGAGUUCUUACAAGAGAUCAGACGGAAGACCCAGCAUUACUGUCAUGUUACCUCCUCAUCCACUGGGAACCUACUUCAGGAUUCAGCAUAUGCUGUAAGUCAAAAGUUCCAAAAUUUGCAAGCCACAGCAUCCGAGUUUCCAGCCAAAGUAGGGGAUCAAACCAAGAAGGCAGCCAUCGAAUGCAAAGAUGGGGCCCAGAAGCUGUAUAGACAUUUCAAGCCUGGGUAGUGCUACCCUUGGACGUAACCUCGAGUUUAAUUUCAUUACAGGGAGUACAGAGAUAGCUCCAGAGAUUGGGGCAAUGAUUUCAGUCUGGGCUUGAACCCUAAUUAGAGAGCCUGAUGUAGUAAUCUUGUAUGUAUACGUUUACUGCUAUUUACAUACAUGUCAAGGGGAUCUUGCGGUCGACUAUUGUUGCUUGGUUCUAGUGAUAACGAGGAUUUUAUCAUCUCCUAAAUUGUUAUUUCUGCCUGUAAAAUACCUCCUAAUAUUUCUGCUUUUUGAAAUACCCUUCACCUUCUCAGAGGGUUGAUAGAUACACAUUAUUGUAGGAUUACCAUUUACUUUUUGUCCUGUUAUUCAACAGUUCUGAUUCCUUGUAA